GCGCUCAGACUCCGCGAGACAGUCGCAAACAGCGCGCGCGCAUAAGCGAUUCUCGAACACGAACGACUCUCGCGAAAACAUUAUUUACAUGGCACAAGUUUUAAAUAUGUGAUAAGAUUACGCGUAUAAGAAUAUUUAAUCUCUACUUUUAAGAAUUAUUUAACCACGAAUCUCAAUUUUAUUUGCAUUUGAAAAAGUGACAAAAUGACUAUAAAAAAUAAAAAGACUAAGUCCAGUACUUCGGAGGUGACGUCAUCUAAAAGUGCAUCGAGCAGUGUGCAGAAGACCAGCACUUCUACUUCAGUUCAGAAAAGUAGUAAUACUUUACAGAAGGUCAGUUCUUCUGGCAAAAAGAUUCGCUACAUCGAUGUUAAGGUCGAACAAGAUGACCCAUUAAUGAUAACUGACAUCAGCGAUCAUGCUUCUAUUAGCGGUUCUACUGUCUCUGAACAUUACAACAGCCACCCGCACUACAUUAUUACGGAGGCCCCAUCGGUUUCUGAUUUGUCACAAACUAGAACAUCGAAUGAAAUUCAAGUAAGUGACAUGGCUCAAUCUACUACUGGAGAAUUUGUUUCUAACUCUGUUGUGCAUGAAUCUUCCUCAACAUCACAGCAGCAGCAAACAUCUAGGAGUGAAAAUAUUCAGACAUCGUCAACUGUUGAACAUUCCGGUUCUAGUCAUAGCCAGACAUUUGACAGAACUGCUGAUUCUUCAUCUGCGAACCAAACUCUAAACACGGCCUUUAUUGAUAAUUCAGGCAAUCAGACUAACUCGAGGGGUUCAUUUUUGUCAAGAUCUCAAGGUGCUAAUGCUACUGAUUCAUUCAUUACGUCCGAACGGCAAAAUGUAUCUAAAACCGGACACAGUUCAAACGUGAGUAGCGACUCUUCAAAAGGCAAUGUGAACAUUCGCGGUAAUGAACGGCACAUGAAUAUUCCAGGUGACAAAGUAAAUACCCUAAAAACGAAUCCAAACAAUUUCUAUGGGGGUGAAGGAACCCUAGAUAAGAAUAAAAAAACAAAUGAAUAUAGCAGUACAUCACAUUCCAGUCAAUCAAAGAGCAGUAAUGUUACAAAAUCAUCCUCAUCAUCUUACGUAGUUGAAAUUGUUGAUGGAAAAGAACGUAUAGUUGAUAAAUCUCAAAGAGAGUGGGGAGAUGCAAAAGAACAUGCAACAAAUGAAGAAUAUGUUAGUGUCAGUGGAACGGAUAUAAAGCCGCAAUCUGCCUAUAGUGCCCAAAAUUAUGACAUGCAAUCAAAGUAUGAUUCUGGCAAGGAUGGAGCAAGACCUAUUAACGAAAUGACUGUUAGAGAAGAUUCGAAGUAUGUUAAAGAUGGAAAACAACUGACUAGCCACGAAAGUGUAAUUUCACAAAGUGAUAACUCCAUACAACAACAGUUUACGUCAACGCAGAAUCAGAUUACUUCUGAUGAUCAUUACAAUUCACACGUAGGUAAUUCAUCUCAUAAUUUACAGAAUGUUCAAUCAAAUUCUGAAAAUACUGAGUAUAACACAAUACAAAAUAAAAACAUACAAUCAAACACCUCCUCUUCUAAUAUGCAGCAGAAAGAUAUACAAGAAAAUGUAUCAACUUAUCACCAAAACAGGAAUAAUCAAAUUUCAACAAAGCGUAACGUACAUCAAACAGAUUCUUCUAACUUUUAUGGUUACGAUUCUACCAUACAAGAUCAACUUAGGAAAGUUGGAGAUAUCUUACAGGUUCCAAACACUGAAAAUAUAAACUAUUCAACUAAGAUACUGAAAAGUAACACCAGUAGUGCCCAGCAAGCAUCGUCAUCGUCUUAUGUAUUUGAAGUUGUCGAUGGAAAACAAAGAGUAAUUGACAGCGCACACAGAGAAUGGGGGGAUAGUAAAGAACAUUCAACACAUGAGAAAAGUCAUAAUAUCAGUGGUACCGGUAUUAAACCAGAACAUGUAUAUUCGAGACAGGUGCUGGAUAAAGAGUCGUAUUAUGACACUGGCAAAGAUGGUAUUCCUAAGAGUGCAUCUCAAAUAUCAGAAGAAUCUGCAAUGUAUAAGAAUGGUGUGGAAAUUGCUUCAACGCGAAAUGUAUAUGCCAGUGAUUUAACUAAAAAACAAGCUAUAAUUGAACACCCAUCUGAUUAUGUAGAAGAAAGAUACUUGGUGGAUGAAAAUAAUAGAAGGCAAACAGAUAGUCAAGAUAUCAGGUCUGACAACGUCUCAACUUAUGUUACUGAUUCUGACAAUAUUAGAAAAACCACAGAGCUAAUAACUAAUGAAAAGCAAAAUAUAUCAAAAGAAAGUUCUUCAAAGACUACCAGUGAAACAAAAGAUACCCUGACAUCGUAUGAAAGAAGCACGGGCACAUGGAAUGGUAAAUUUACUUAUGAAACUGAAGAUGACAGACCUAAACGACCUAAGCAAGUAACACCUUUUGGUAGAUCGGACCAACCACGGCACCACUUGAAACGUCAAGAUACUGAAGAAAAUAUAAUAAUAUCAUCUAGGGAUAUUAAAGAUUUCACCUCUAUCAGUGAUUUGCGCAAAAUCAUUGAAACAUCACAAACAAACAAGGAUGUUACCGUAAGCAACAAGAAUAUUGUGAUAAGGAGAAAUAUAGAUGACAGGGUUUUGAAAGAAAUAUUAGAAACUGUAAAAAAGUAUCCAUUUAAAAGAAUUGACAAAGUUACUUUUGGCACAAAGAUAAAUGAGGACGUUAAGGAUUUGUAUGAAGGAAUUGAUACCGAAGAAACGACAGUUUUAAGUACAACAACUGGAGAGAAGGUGAAAAAAUCAUUUGAAGUUGAUAAGACGAGGAGUCAAAUCGAAGUAACAAGAUACAUAACUGAAAAUGGUAUCACAAGGAAAGAAACAACAUAUGAAGAUGCGAAAGAAGAUGAUAAAGUCAAAACAGAUGUGUUUGUCGACAAUAGCUCGUUAGACAUCAGAAACUUGAAGGAUGUCCGCACAACGAAAGAUGUUUACGAAUACGACGUGGUCGAUCACGCAACAACUAAUACCACACGCGAAGAUAUCGUCAGCUCUGUCUAUGAUGAGACCAUCAUAGAUGAUAGAAAAACAGUGCGAGAUGAUACAACGGUUAUCCGCGAAAGAUACACCGACGAGACCAGACCACGUCCCGGUGGUCCCAGGAAACCAGAAAAAGUCUGUAAGGAGCAAUGCAUCUGUGAGAUCUGUACUUGUGGGCGCCACCGUUGCCCACACAACGAUGUCCCGGAGCCAUUGUUCGAUGUGGAGCAUACUACGAGCGUGGUUUCCGCGUACAAGCAGGAUUAUGACGAGAAACAUGUCAGUCGAACAACAGCCGUUCAUCACGAAGAUCAUUUGUAUCUUGAAGGUGAUUUUCAAGAGCCGGAACGUCCUCAAUGGCAGCCCAUCGAACGGCGUAAGCCAACAAAGCCAGAAGACAACCUCAAACCUGAAGGUGAUUUUGAGAAAAGGCAGCCAAACGAAUGGCGUCCUGGCGACCGGGCUCCAGUUCGACGCCCCGAAGACAACUUGAAACCGGAGGGUGAAUUUUCUACACCUGAAAAGGAACAAUGGAGACCUGCAGAACGACAACGCCCUACAAAGCCAGAAGACAAUUUACGACCUGAAGGUGAUUUCGAAAAACGUAAGCCAGAUGAGUGGUAUCCAGGAGAUCGUGCUCCAGUAAAACGACCUGAAGACAAUCUGAGACCAGAAGGAGAUUUUGAAAAGAGAACGCCACACGAAUGGCAGCCUGGUGAUAGAGCACCUAUACGUCGACCACAAGACAAUUUAAAGACAGAAGGUGAUUUUGAAGAUAAACGACCUGAAAAAUGGCAACCCGGAGAUAGAGCUCCAAUCAAACGGCCUGAAGAUAAUUUAAAACCGGAAGGUGAUUUUGAAAAGAGACGGCCAGAAGAAUGGCGACCAGGAGACAGGGCUCCUACACGUCGUCCUGAAGACAAUUUGAGACCUGAAGGUGACUUCACAACACCAGAAAAAGAAUCUUGGCGACCAGCUGAUCGUCAGAAACCCAAAAAACCCGAGGACAAUUUAUUCCCAGAGGGUGAAUUUGAAGGUAGAAAGCCAGAGGUAUGGAGACCAGGUGAUAGAGCUCCAGUCAAGAGGCCAGAAGACAAUUUGAAGCCGGAAGGUGAUUUUGAAAAAAGACACCCUGAAAAAUGGAGUCCUGGAGAUCGAGCUCCAACGCGUCGUCCGGAAGAUAACCUUCGACCUGAAGGUGAAUUCACUACACCUGAAAAAGAGUCAUGGCGUCCUGCUCAGCGUCCAAAACCUAUAAAACCAGAAGAUAAUUUAUUCCCUGAGGGUAAAUUUGAAGACAGAAGACUCGAACAGUGGAGACCAGGAGACAGAGCUCCAGUCAAAAAGCCUGAAGACAAUUUAAAACCAGAAGGAGACUUUGAGGAUAGAAAACCGGAGAAAUGGCAACCCGGAGAUAGAGCUCCAAUUAAACGCCCUGAAGAUAAUUUAAAACCUGAAGGUGAAUUCGAGAAGAGGCGGCCUGAAAAAUGGCGCCCCGGAGACAGGGCUCCUACUCGUAGACCUGAAGAUAAUUUAAGACCGGAGGGAGAUUUUACAACGCCAGACAAAGAACCUUGGCGACCAGCAGAACGUCAGAAACCCAAAAAACCCGCAGACAAUUUGUUCCCAGAGGGUGAAUUUGAAGGUAGAAAGCCAGAAGAAUGGAAACCAGGUGAUAGAGCUCCAGUCAAGAGGCCAGAAGACAACUUAAAACCUGAAGGAGAUUUCGAAAAAAGGCGCCCUGAAAAAUGGAGUCCCGGUGAUCGCGCUCCUACACGUCGUCCGGAAGACAAUCUCAGACCAGAAGGAAAAUUUACUACACCCGAAAAAGAAGUUUGGCGUCCGGCUGACCGCCAAAAGCCUACAAAGCCCGAAGACAACUUGCAUCCAGAGGGAGAAUUCGAAAAACGUAGACCUGAUGAAUGGCAACCAGCUGAUCGGCCUAAACAAAAGAAACCCGAAGAUAAUUUAAGGUCCGAGGGUGAAUUUACUACACCUAUAAAAGAAAAAUGGCAACCAGCAGAGAGGCCACAGCAGAAGAGGCCAGUUGACAAUUUAAAACCCGAAGGUGAUUUUACGACUGAGCGCUCAAUAACAGAUGAUUUCAAAGUUGUUACCAGUGAAAGGGCUAAAAUUAUUAAGCGCACUGAUAAUAUUAUUACUGAAGGAGAAUUCACAGAUACUACAACUUCUCGCAGCGAGUACUCAAUAAAACCCAUGGAAAAAAUUAAAACUGUACGAAGAAAUACAUGGACUAAGCCAGAAGGAGACAUGACAACAGAAACAACUUCACAGUCAGAAUACAUUGAUUUUACAGAUUCUGUAGAGAGAACAACUCUUGUAACGAAAAGAACAGAUAACUUGAUUCAUGAAGGUGUAAUAGACUUCGUUACAUCAAAUCAAACAGAUUAUACAGAAAAAAAUACUGUCAUAACACGACCCCAAAGACGACGCACAUGGACGAAAGAAGAUUUGGAAAAAUUCUAUUCAACUCAAAAUACAGAGACAACAACUACAACAACACAAGAAGAAUAUAAGAUUCGUGAUGAACGAUGGCAUGAACGGCAACAACCUAAAAAACCUAAAGAUAAUCUUGUCCCAGAAGGUGAAUUUUCAACCCCCGUGAAGGAAGACUGGCAACCUGCAGAACGAGUAAUACCUAAAAGGCCUACAGAUAAUCUGUUUCCGGAGGGCGAAUUCACUACUCCCCAAAAAGAACAUUGGCACCCAGCAGAGCGACCAAUACAAAAGAAACCUAAAGAUAAUCUUAAACCAGAGGGAGAAUUCCAACAGCCACAUCAAGAGGAAUGGCGGCCUGCUGAGAAACAAAUACUUAAAAGACCACAAGAUAAUCUUAAACCUGAAGGUGAUUUUGAAACACCGAAACGAGAAGAAUGGCGUCCAUCGGAAAGACCAAAAGCUAACAAACCAGAAGACAAUUUAAAAAUGGAAGGUGACUUCACAACACCUGAGAAAACUAGAUGGACUCCCGCUGAAAGACCUGUACAAAAGAGACCUCAAGAUAACUUAAAGCCCGAGGGUGAAUUUUCUCAACCAGUUCACGAAGAAUGGAAACCAGCAGAAAAGCGUAUUCAAACUAAACCACAAGAUAAUCUUAAGCCAGAGGGUGACUUUGAAAAACCAAAAGAAGAUAAGUGGAGACCUGCUGAACGUCAAACUCCAAAGAAACCACAAGAUAACCUAAGGCCGGAAGGAGAUUUCGAAGUACCAACACAAAAAGAAUGGCGACCGGCUGAACGCCCAUCGCCAACAAAACCAAAAGAUAAUUUAAAACCAGAGGGUGACUUCGAAAGACCAAAAGAAGAUACGUGGAGACCUGCUGAACGUCAAACUCCAACAAAACCGAAAGAUAAUUUAAAACCAGAAGGUGACUUUGAAAGACCAAAAGAAGAUAAGUGGAGACCUGCUGAACGUCAAACUGCAAAGAAACCACAAGAUAAUUUAAAACCAGAGGGUGACUUCGAAAGACCAAAAGAAGAUACGUGGAGACCUGCUGCACGUCAAACUCCAACAAAACCGAAAGAUAAUUUAAAACCAGAGGGUGACUUUGAAAGACCAAAAGAAGAUACGUGGAGACCUGCUGAACGUCAAACUCCAACAAAACCGGAAGAUAAUUUAAAACCAGAGGGUGACUUCGAAAGACCAAAAGAAGAUAAGUGGAGACCUGCUGAACGUCAAACUCCAAAGAAACCACAAGAUAAUUUAAAACCAGAGGGUGACUUCGAAAGACCAAAAGAAGAUACGUGGAGACCUGCUGAACGUCAAACUCCAACAAAACCGAAAGAUAAUUUAAAACCAGAGGGUGACUUUGAAAGACCAAAAGAAGAUACGUGGCGACCUGCUGAACGUCAAACUCCAACAAAACCGGAAGAUAAUUUAAAACCAGAGGGUGACUUCGAAAGACCAAAAGAAGAUAAGUGGAGACCUGCUGAACGUCAAACUCCAAAGAAACCACAAGAUAAUUUAAAACCAGAGGGUGACUUCGAAAGACCAAAAGAAGAUACGUGGAGACCUGCUGAACGUCAAACUCCAACAAAACCGAAAGAUAAUUUAAAACCAGAGGGUGACUUUGAAAGACCAAAAGAAGAUACGUGGCGACCUGCUGAUCGUCAAACUCCAACAAAACCGAAAGAUAAUUUAAAACCAGAGGGUGACUUCGAAAGACCAAAAGAAGAUAAGUGGAGACCUGCUGAACGUCAAACUCCAAAGAAACCACAAGAUAAUUUAAAACCAGAGGGUGACUUUGAAAGACCAAAAGAAGAUACGUGGCGACCUGCUGAACGUCAAACUCCAACAAAACCGGAAGAUAAUUUAAAACCAGAGGGUGACUUCGAAAGACCAAAAGAAGAUAAGUGGAGACCUGCUGAACGUCAAACUCCAAAGAAACCACAAGAUAAUUUAAAACCAGAGGGUGACUUUGAAAGACCAAAAGAAGAUAUGUGGAGACCUGCUGAACGUCAAACUCCAACAAAACCGAAAGAUAAUUUAAAACCAGAGGGUGACUUCGAAAGACCAAAAGAAGAUAAGUGGAGACCUGCUGAACGUCAAACUCCAAAGAAACCACAAGAUAAUUUAAAACCAGAGGGUGACUUUGAAAGACCAAAAGAAGAUACGUGGCGACCUGCUGAACGUCAAACUCCAACAAAACCGGAAGAUAAUUUAAAACCAGAGGGUGACUUCGAAAGACCAAAAGAAGAUAAGUGGAGACCUGCUGAACGUCAAACUCCAAAGAAACCACAAGAUAAUUUAAAACCAGAGGGUGACUUUGAAAGACCAAAAGAAGAUAUGUGGAGACCUGCUGAACGUCAAACUCCAACAAAACCGAAAGAUAAUUUAAAACCAGAGGGUGACUUCGAAAGACCAAAAGAAGAUAAGUGGAGACCUGCUGAACGUCAAACUCCAAAGAAACCAGAAGAUAACCUAAGGCCGGAAGGAGAUUUCGAAGUACCAACACAAAAAGAAUGGCGACCGGCUGAACGCCCAUCGCCAACAAAACCAAAAGAUAAUUUAAAACCAGAGGGUGACUUUGAAAAACCAAAAGAAGAUACGUGGAGACCUGCUGAACGUCAAACUCCAACAAAACCAAAAGAUAAUUUAAAACCAGAGGGUGACUUCGAAAGACCAAAAGAAGAUAAGUGGAGACCUGCUGAACGUCAAACUCCAAAGAAACCACACGAUAAUUUAAAACCAGAGGGUGACUUUGAAAGACCAAAAGAAGAUACGUGGAGACCUGCCGAACGUCAAACUCCAACAAAACCGAAAGAUAACUUAAAACCAGAAGGUGACUUUGAAAGACCAAAAGAAGAUACGUGGAGACCUGCUGAACGUCAAACUCCAACAAAACCAAAAGAUAAUUUAAAACCAGAGGGUGACUUUGAAAAACCAAAAGAAGAUACGUGGAGACCUGCUGAACGUCAAACUCCAACAAAACCAAAAGAUAAUUUAAAACCAGAGGGUGACUUUGAAAAACCAAAAGAAGAUACGUGGAGACCUGCUGAACGUCAAACUCCAACAAAACCAAAAGAUAAUUUAAAACCAGAGGGUGACUUCGAAAGACCAAAAGAAGAUAAGUGGAGACCUGCUGAACGUCAAACUCCAAAGAAACCACAAGAUAAUUUAAAACCAGAGGGUGACUUCGAAAGACCAAAAGAAGAUACGUGGAGACCUGCUGAACGCCCAUCGCCAACAAAACCAAAAGAUAAUUUAAAACCAGAGGGUGACUUCGAAAGACCAAAAGAAGAUAAGUGGAGACCUGCUGAACGUCAAACUCCAACAAAACCAAAAGACAAUCUAAAAACAGAAGGCGAAUUUGAAAAGCCAAAACUUGAUGAAUGGAAACCAGCUGAACGUCAAAAGCCAAAGAAACCACAGGAUAAUUUAAAACCCGAAGGCGAAUUUGAAAAACCUACAACAGAAAAAUGGCAGCCAGGUGAGAGACAGACACCUAAAAAACCUCAAGAUAACCUGAAGCCUGAAGGUAAAUUUGAACGUCCUGAUAAACCCAAGGCUGCACCAGUUGGCGAGCGACCUGUUCAAAAGAAACCCGAGGAUAAUCUUAAACCAGAAGGGAAUAUGGAAGUUAUACGGCGAACUGACUAUACAGCUACCAGAGGUGAUCGUGUCGACGUUGUGAAGCAUGAAGAUCAUCUUAAAAUGGAAGGUAAGAUGGACAUUCAUAGAACAAGAGAUGACUAUAAACGCAUAGAAAAAACUGAGAAAAUCAUAAUUCAAAAACAUGAAGAUAACUUGCGUACAGAAGGCGAAUUUAUUGAUUUGCAUAUUCGAAAUGAUUAUAAUGCUACGAAAGGAGAUAGAGCACCUGUUGUAAAACCACAGGAUAAUUUAAAACCUGAUGGAAAAUUCUACAAGCCUGAAAUUAUUCCGUCCCAACCAGCUGAAAAAAGAAAACCAUUUAAACAUGUUGAUAAUCUAAAAAUAGAACAUGAUCUAGAUUUACGUCAGAAAGUUGACAGAGUUGAUAUUAUAAGAAGAGAAGACAAUUUAAGAAUUGAAGGUGAAUUUAUAGAUAUGAAACAAAAGAAUGAUUACCAAGAAGUUACCGGUGAAAGGUCAGCGAUAGUAAAACAUGAAGAUAAUUUGAAGAUGGAAGGCAAAAUGGAAAAUAUACGAUCUUCAGAUACUUAUCGUCUUGUAAAAGGGCAAAAAGUGAAAUUAACGCGCCGGGAAGAUAACUUAAAAAUUGAAGGAGUUUUUGAAGAUCUUACACGAAAAAAUGACUAUAAUAUAAUUAAAAAUAGUAAACCAGUGCUUAAGAGCAUUGAAAAUGAACCACAUAAUGGUGAACCAAGGCAAUUCACAAAAAUAGACCAGACAAAUGUAGAAAACAAAAACACGCAUUUUACCUCACAACAUACAACUUCGAUUCAAAGAAUUGAUACUAAUGAUAAGCAAAACAAUACUUAUCGACACAGCCAAGGAGGUCCUGGCGAACCACACCAUAAACCUGAUGAGCGACCUGGUUCACGAUCCAGAUAUCCUUCCACUCCAAAGCAUCAGGAAAAUCCAUCUGAACCGUAUUCGCAAAAGCCGUCUGAUAGAAUAAAACCUGUGGAAGAUGAAACCGACAAAUCAAAGUGGAAACCAACUGAUUUUUCAACCCCAAUUGGUAAAACAGGUAAACCAACAUUUAAAUCUCCUACAGAACCUCACCGCGAAAGCCCUAAUAGACAAGGUAGGCAUUCACAUGAAAGACAAGUUGUUGAUUCAGAUACAACUUACAACACAAGGAAAAAUCAAAGUGAUACACAUAUUCACACUAGUAAGGUGUCGGAAUCUAGGCUUCAUACUGAAAAUCAUAAUCAUUCUAAUCGUAUACAUAGGGAUGAAAUUGAUGUAAACAGAACUCAACACAAUCAUCUAGAGAAUGUGCAACAACAAGAAAAUAAUUUCCAGCGGCAUCAACAUCAUGAAAACCACAAUCAAUACGCUCAGCAUCAUCACGGAGCUACGACAAAACACGAAGUUAUUCAUUCACACAUCGAUAACUCUACUUACCGUUCAGAAGACGUUAAGCAUUCUAAAGUGUUAAGUCAAGAUGAAAGAAAUAUUAGACACGGUAGUGUUGAUCGCAUACCGUCGACGAGUUCAGUCGAUCAGAAUAAAUUAAAUCGUACUUCGGCUUCAAUAACUAAACAGAAUGACAAAAAUAUAAUUAAUAAGAGCGAUUCUAGAUCAAUCAAAAAUACGUCAACAUCUUCGACCUCUACAAAAACAAUGAAACAAGUAACUGAAAAGAAAUUAAUAGGGGGUAAAUGGGUAAAUGUGACUAAGAUGAUUGAAGUGAAUAAUAUUACUGCUGAUACGGGAAAAUCACAUCCCAUACAUUCUGAACCUCAGCAGGCGCCUGGAUUAAAAACAGGUGUAAGCGGGAUUACAGGUAGGAUGAUUUCGACGGAACAAAAUAAAUCUUCGUCAAAUCAAUUCCAUUCCUCACAGAAGAAUCAAUAUAAUCGCAAUCAUAGCGAUGUAUUAAAUACAACAUACUCUAUAAAAGGAACCACUGAAUCUGACAAUACCCGACAUCAAAGGCAAAAUGAUACCAGCCAGCAACAACAUGAGAAUAUUUCGUCAUCCAAACAAGUUUCUAGCUCUACGAAACAAAUUAAAUCGACACAUAUCAGCGACAACAGUUCUCAGAUCUCUCAAACAUCUCGGAGCGCUUCAGAUGUACGUAGUGGAGAUCAAAUCCUUGGAAAGCACAUGAUAUAUGAUAAAAGUGACACUACGAAGUUCAUCAAUAAUCGUGGAGGAUCUGGUCACCAACACGACCAUCAAACAUCAACAACACAUGAUAAAAGUGACACUAUGAGGAUAAUAAAUAAUCGUGGAGGAUCUAUUCAGCAACAUGACCAUCAAACAUCAACAACACAUGAUAAAAGUGAUACUACGAGAAUUAUCAAUAAUCGUGGAGGAUCUGGUCAGCAACACGACCAUCAAACAUCAACUAUACACGAUAAAAGUGAUACUACGAGAAUUAUUAAUAAUCGUGGAGGACCUAGUCAGCAACACGACUAUCAAACAUCAACCAUACGAAAGGGUGCAGAUCUUUCUAAUAUUUCCACUGAAAACCACGAACAUAAUACAAAACAUAUUUACGUUUCCAAUCAAAACCAUACAGUAAACAGAAAUCAGUUAAGCGAUAGCGUAACUAAAACUAGCGUUGAGUUCCAAAGAGCUAUGCAUGGUGGGGACAAUUCGCUUUCCCAACAAGAUCACUCCAAUCGAAGUGGAUAUCAUAAGCGUACUUCCGACUUUAUAUCCGAUGCCAAUUCCAGUAACGCUGUUCUUCAUCGCAAAGGAGUAACUUCAAAUACAGAAGCAUAUCACACUACAAGUUCCACCGCAGCAGCACAGCGGAAAAGCAUCAGCAAUUUGUCUGAGCGUGGUGAAUAUAUAAGCAAUUCGACUCAAAGCGCAGACAGGAAGAGUAUCAGCUCAAUGCACAGAUCGGCUAGAGACAACACAGCCGUUACAUCUCAUCACACUGAAAGUGUCGAUACUCGACGUCAACAACGACGGGACGGGCAGUCCACGUUUGUUACAGAGAGACAACCUCGUGCCGUAAUAAAAGAUAAUCUACGCGUUGGCGGUGAGUUCUUUGGCCAAUCAGAAUCCCGGUAUGGAAGUUUUUCUAAGUCGCAACAUGCUCAAAAGAUUGACCGAUCCGAACACAUUGAGAGAGUUGAGCAACACUCGCGACACGGAUCGAAUUCACAUUUCGUUCUCGGAGAUGGGAGUGGAACAAGCUAUAAACAAGAAUUUAGGGGCCACGUUCAUGGAACAUGUCCAGCAACGUUGUUAGAAUCUACGCGGACUCCAUACAAGCAUUCUCGUGAUUCUCGGGAACACAAGUUCUACACUGAAAAAAUAACAGAGAAAAAAUCGUUAUCGUAAACGUUUUAAAACGCAGAAUACUUUUUUCUUUAUAAUUUUAUUUUUUUAUAUUUUACCAUUCCUUAUUAUAUCCAUAUGCUUUGAGUUAAAACCGCGAUUUAAUACUAAUUUUAAGACUAUAAUGUGCCUUUAACUAAACUUUUAAACAAUGUUUAAAAUAAUAAUGUUGCGAUUUUUAUAUAAUUUAUGACAAUUAAUAUAUUUAUAACAAAAUGCCAUGUAAUAAAAUCGUUAUAAAAUA